CGUAGAUAAAAUUUAACGUUAUUUUACCGUAUUUAUUGCACGAAGGAAAGAAAACAGUACUUAACAGUAUUUUGGGAACAGAAAGCUGCAGCAAGCACAUGUGGAUUUUCAUCCGUCUUUAUAUUGUGAUUUAACCGUGCUAAAACCGUCAACGUGCCAACGGCAUCAUAGAUUGGAGCUGGAUUCAUUCAGAUAUCCCCCGAUUACAAGGUGAGUUUAAUCAAACAUGAUAUAAACUCUUCUGCAAAGUAAGCCUUUAACACAAUAGCAACGAAGUAAUAUUUAUGUAUCUGUAACACGCUGAAAUUAUCGUCACCUCGUUUCCUAAUAUUAGCUUGCUAUCUUUUCAUAUAAUGCCUAAAAGUGUAUAAUUUGUACAUAACUGUAUUCCGAGGGAAGUUUUUCUUUAAUAGUGUUGGCGUUUUGUUUCUUUAAUGUUGGCUGUAUUUUGGAUUGCUUCGAUCUAAGUUGGCUUGAUAGAAUAAGUUACAGGAUAUAAUAAUCAGUUAGAAUAAUUCAUUUUUUUUUUUUUUUGUCUUGUUGGUUUGUAUUGCAAUGUUACUUUACCCAGUACAUUAGGACAAUGGCAGUUUUAUUUUUGUGGAGAUUUUCUUUUGUUAUUGAGAUUUUUUGAGUUACGUUUUUUCGUGCCUAAAGACUGUCCAUUUUGACUUGUCAGCAUGUUUGAGUGUCAGUUAUGUGGGCAGCAAUGCAGUACUCCAGUGGUCUAUGUGAAGCACAUGAGGAUUCACAGCAAUACCCCUAACUUGUAUCUUCAUUGUUGCAUCCAGGACUGUAACAGGAAAUUUGCUAAAUUAGCAGCUUUAAAAUCACAUCUUUACAGACAACACAAUGAGUGUGUGGUGGUGCCUAGAUCACAUUUGUACCCAGCAGUAGACCUUGCAUGCCAUAUUGACUUGUGUAGUGUCAAAUGUGAUACACUAACUCAGUUUUAUUCCCAUCUUAAAGUUCACAUUAAAGAGGGACGAAGAGUGACAUGCCCCUUUAAGCAGUGUGAUCAAUCAUUUUCAGUGAUAUCCACCUUUACCUCUCACAUAUCAAGGAAACAUAAAAAUUCAACAGAGGUAAACCUAAAUGAAUCCAUUGUUGCCACAUCACUUGUGACUGAAGCUGGAAGCUUUCAAGAUAUUGACAGUGAUAUGACAUCGGGAGAACAUACUGGUGUAGUUGGAAAUAGUGAGAAUUUGGAGGUUAGUCCAGAAAAUAUUGAUGAGACAUUAUUUUUGAAGAAUCUUGCUCUCUUUUAUCUGAAAUUACAGGCUAAGUUAUUGCUUCCAUCUUCAGUCGUUCAGACUAUCAUUGAAGACAUGCAGUCAGUUUAUGAUGUCAACCAGUCACAUCUACUUUUCAAACUAAAUGAGAAAUUGGUUGCACUUGGGGUUCCAGAGGCUUCCAUUAAUGAUGUCAUGGACAGUCUGAAAGCAGAUGAUCUCUUAAGAGCAUGUAAUAGCCACACACUAAAAACAGACCAGCGCAGGAAAACAGUGUUCAAGAACAGUUUUAAUUAUGUUGAACCUAUGCCCAUUUGUCUAGGACAUAACGAAGCUGGCAAAGAGUGUUUUUUACAGUAUGUCCCUGUAAAACACACGAUUGAAGCCCUUUUUCAUUGUGAGACUGUGUGGAAGCAGUACAGAGAAGUUCACAGCCGUAUCCAGUUGAAGGAUAUUUUUGAAGAUGUGUGGGAUGGUGAAAACACCACAAAAAACUUGGCCCAGACAGAAAGAUCAUCUUUAGGCUUGAUACUUUAUCAAGAUUCAUUUGAAGUUGUUAAUCCCCUGGGGUCAGGAAAGAAAAAACACAAAAUACUAGCUAUGUAUCUCACACUUGCAGACCUACUGUCACACAACCGGUCAAGUAUUGACCAGAUGCAACUGGUUUUUCUUUGUAGAGAACAAGAUUUCAAGUAUUUUGGUCAGGAAUUGGUCAUGGGAUGCUUGAUGAAAGACCUUCAAGACCUUGAGACUAAUGGCAUAAUGCUACCUGAUGGACAAGUAUGCAAAGGGAUCUUGCGAGCCAUUUGUGGAGACAACCUGGGUUCACACAACAUCGGAGGUUUUCUUGAAAAUUUCAGUGGCAGUAGGUACUUCUGUCGAUAUUGUGAAAUUGACAAAGAUGUGUUUCACACAGAUCCUUUGUCCAAAGCUAACACUCGGACACCAGAGUCAUACCAAGAGCAUGUUCAGAACCUUGAGGAGCAUUCUGUUCAUAGUGGAGGUAUUAAAUUUGACUCCUUAUUCAACAGCCUUUCUAUGUUUCAUGUAUGUCAACCUGGGUUGCCUCCGUGUCUUGGGCAUGAUUUGUUUGAAGGUGUUGUUGCCUCUGAUCUUGCAUUGUGUAUCCACCAUCUUGUCACAGUUGACAAACAGUUCACUUACACUGAAUUAAAUCGGAUGAUUGAUCAGUUCCGAUAUUUAGGUAAUGAUGCAAAUGACAAACCUUGUGAGGUGAGGCCAGGAAGUGAUAGACUGAGUGGCCAUGCUAUGCAGAACUGGUGCUUACUAAGACUGUUACCACUGUUGAUUGGAGAGAAGAUUACAUCUCCUGCUGACAAUGAGAUAUGGCAACUGGUGUUACAACUAAGAGAAAUUGUGGCAUUGAUUUGUGCACCAGCAAUUUCUGCUGACCAGAUAGGCUAUUUAAGGGUCCUUAUUGAAGAAUAUUUGCAUUCCAGAAAACAAGCCUUUCCCCAUCAUCGGCUUAAACCUAAGCAUCAUUACAUGAGCCAUUAUCCAGAGCUCAUCAUUCAGUUUGGUCCACUUAUUCGUUUGUGGACUAUGAGGUUCGAAAGCAAGCACACAUAUUUUAAACAGUGCACAAGAAAGCUGCGUAACUUUAAAAAUGUGUGCUCAAGCCUUGCAGAAAGACACCAGCUUUUACAAGCAUAUCUUAGUGCUGGCAAUCUCUUCCCACCAUCAAUUGUAAUAGAAAAGGCAACUGAGUUUUUUCCAUGUGACUACAGUGAUAGCAUCAAGGAAUCAGUAGCAAAUUAUGAUUUUGGCCCUGAAAAUACUUUGAUUGGUCAUGAAGUAACUGUAAAAGGAACCAAAUACAAAAAAAACAUGUUUGUUGUUAUCAGUAACAAUGAGGAUGGGCUUGAAGUUGGUAAGAUUAUUAUGAUACUCAAUCAUAAAAACUCUGCAGUCUACUUCGUCGCUGAAAGGUAUAAGGCUUUGUGUCUACAUGAUGUAGGUGUUCACUGCAUCACACCAAUCAAGGGCUGUUACUACUGUGUGAACCAGGAGGACCUACUGGAUUAUUACCCUCUACCUCAGUAUGCAAUUCAUGGCAUGGCACUUAUUGUUCUUCACCAUUCUUUUCCCUCUUUGUAGUGCAAUGAGCAUUGUGAAUGAAGAUCU